GGGAAGCGACGCUCCUAGUGUCGCCAUGGUGACGGGGUUGUGCUCGGGGAGGCUGUGAUGGGUUGACAGGUGCGUGACAAUCGGAGCUCUCUGCAAGCAUGUACGCCAAAGGCAAGAGUAACAACGUACCGUCCGACAGCCAAGCCAGGGAAAAGUUAGCGCUCUACGUGUACGAAUACCUGCUGCAUGUAGGAGCUCAGAAGUCUGCACAGACCUUCCUGUCGGAGAUCCGAUGGGAGAAGAACAUCACAUUAGGAGAACCUCCAGGGUUCCUGCAUUCGUGGUGGUGUGUAUUCUGGGACCUGUACUGUGCAGCACCCGAGAGGAGAGAGACAUGUGAGCACUCCAGCGAAGCCAAGGCCUUCCACGACUACAGCGCGGCGGCGGCUCCCAGCCCGGUCCUCGGGAACAUCCCUCCAGGAGACGGGAUGCCAGUGGGGCCCGUCCCCCCGGGAUUCUUCCAGCCUUUCAUGUCUCCUCGUUACCCUGGCGGCCCCAGACCUCCCCUCAGAAUACCCAAUCAGGCUCUUGGGGGAGUCCCAGGAAACCAGCCGUUACUGCCCAGUGGAAUGGACCCCACAAGACAGCAAGGCCAUCCAGGCAUGGGCGGGGCUAUGCAACGGAUGACCCCGCCAAGGGGGAUGGUCCCACUUGGGCCACAGGGAUACGGAGGGGGAAUGAGGCCCCCCAUCAAUGCGCUAGGUGGCCCAGGAAUGCCCGGGAUGAACAUGGGCCCCGGAGGUCGACCCUGGCCAAACCCUCCGAACGCCAACUCGAUCCCGUACUCUUCAGCGUCUCCGGGGAGCUAUGUGGGUCCACCUGGAGGAGGGGGUCCCCCAGGAACUCCCAUAAUGCCCAGCCCAGCAGAUUCCACAAACUCCGGGGAGAACAUGUACACUAUGAUCAAUGCAGUGCCUCCUGGGGCUAACCGAUCAAACUUCCCCAUGGGCCCAGGAGCGGACGCCCCCAUGGGGGGUAUGCCUGGAAUGGAGCCGCACCACAUGAACGGGUCACUAGGAUCUGGUGACAUGGACAGUCUGCCCAAGAACUCUCCCGGCAACAUGAGCAUGAGCAACCAGCCCGGAACCCCCCGAGAUGAUGGAGAGAUGGGCGGGAACUUCCUCAACCCCUUUCAGAAUGAAAGCUACUCUCCAAACAUGACCAUGAGCGUGUGACGCUUUGUGGGGACGUCCGGUGGAGUGUACAGUACAGUUGAAACAUGGAACUCGCUACAUCCUGCUGUGUCUAGCCUUCAUCAGCUCUCUGAAGCCUUUUCUGCGCACCCUUUGGUUUCAUCUUAUCCUCAUUUUACAUACAGCCCUUAAAGACCGAGAGACUGACCCUGAUUUUAACGAUCACCCAGAGGAAAAAUCAAAACAAAAAAAAAAGACUUAAAAAGGCCACAGUUUAUCUAUAUAUUUAUAUAUUUGUGUAUAUAUGUGGGUGUGCAAUCAGAUACAUGUGCAUGUAUAUACAAAUAGAGAUGUAUUCCUUGAUCCUGCUUUGGACCGAGAAAAAAAAAAAGAAA